AAGUUUAUAUGAUUGACAAUUAUGAGUUGAUUGAGUUUAAUUGAGAUUUGGUUGGUUUUUUUUUUUUUGGUAAGUUUAUGUGUAUAAUGAUUUUGUGUCGUAAAGGGGUGAAUAUUUAAAUUCAAAAGGGGACACUAUUGUUCCCCUUGACUUAUAUAAUAGAGAUAUUUGAAUUGAAAUUCAAUUUAAAAAAAUAAACAUAUAAAUUUAUAAGAAUAUAAUUUAUAUAAAGUUGUUUCAGUUUGCAAGCUACAAGUUGAGUGCCGAAUUUAUUAAAGAUUUGGUCAACCUGAUAUUUUUAUUUUUUAUUUUUGAGUGGUGAUCGACUUGAUUUUUUAAUUAUUAAAACAAGACGUUAAUCAUGUGCAAUAAAUCUAUGCAUUGAGCAAUUAAUACACCCAAUAUUUUAUUGCAAUUUGCAAAUACUUCCAUACCUAUAAUUAAGAGACAUCUCUAUGUAUGAUGAUAAACAAGUACUAGUAUUUAUAUACAUAACUCUAACAAGCUUUUAUGCUACAAAAAUGGAGAAUUCUUUGAGAAUGAUUUUAGAGGAAACAAGUUUUUAUAAUCAAAUUGUGUUACCAAAGAAGCUAAAUUCCUUAUUGCCUCAUUUCUUGAGUUCUUGGCUUCGAACAACUCUUUGUGCUUUUGUGCUUUAUCCACUUGCUGCAAUUUUCUGCCUUAACUUUUGGAAACGAUAUGUUUCUGCCUCUAAAGAAAGUAUGCCUUCAAGAAGAACUAUGGUUUUCCAAGCAAUAGGAGCUUUCACAUCUAUUCCAGUGAGCACAUUAUUCUCAACUACGUUCGAGUGGAUGGCUGAGAAUGGUUGGACGAAAACUUACCCUCGAAUUAGUGAUGUGGGUUGGACAUAUUAUGUGAUUUCUACACUUAUCUAUCUUUUUGUGGUGGAAUUUGGGAUUUAUUGGGCUCAUAGAUUAAUGCAUGAUAUUAAGCCAAUUUACAAGUAUGUUCAUGCUCCUCAUCAUCGUUAUAGCAAGGAGAUCAUGAUUUCUCCUUUUGCAGGGUGGUCAGGGCAUCCACUAGAUGGAGCUUUACAAGAACUUCCUUAUGGUAUAGUAUUAUCAAUUGUGCCGGUGCAUUUCACAACUUUCUUGGGGCUUUUCCUUGUUGAAGCAGUGUGGGGUGUUAUGGUACAUGACAGAAGUGAUGCAAAAGGUUGGCCUAUUAUGGGUUCUGAUUAUCAUACCAUUCAUCAUACAUCCGGACGUAACAAUUAUGGUAAUUAUACCAUCUUCAUGGACUGGUUAUUUGGGACACUUCGUCACCCUAAGAAGUGUAAUGUCAAUAAUGCUGAAAAGGUUCAGUGAUUAUAUAUAUGCAAAUAAAUUAGGUAAAAAAAUGUUGCAACUUUUUUGUCAAGUGAAAUUAUUACACAUCAAUUUAUCUUGUAGAUUGUAAACAUUGUGAAUUGAUAUGUCAAUUUUAUUUGUGAUUUAA